GGUACGUACGUAUAAGGGCUAGAAGAGGAGGAAGAAGAAAACGUUUAUAGCUUCGAGAUUUCGUAGAUCUCAUUUACAAUUCUUUCCUUACAGCUCAGUUUCCGUCGUACUGUCCUAUUUCACUAUGGCCGAAUUCACGUCUACACGCGAGGGCUUCCAGCGUGCUAUGGAACUGUCCCUGAAAGGCAACCCCGAGGAAGCCAAAGCAUAUGCGGAUUCUACAUCGCUGCCAACAUUCUACCAAAUAAUGAACGGCCAUCGCCUAGAUUAUGAUACAUACGUCAAGGGUAUCAUUGAGUGGCGUGGUAAGGUCAACGAUUUCAAGCCGGUCGUGCACGAGUUUCUUCGAGACGGCGACCAGUUAGCGGCACGCAUGACCGGAUCGAUCAAGAUCAGCGGCACCGAUACCAAAUUCGAGAGUUUCAUGUUCGGGAAGGUGGACAAGGCCACUGGAAAGAUGGAAUGGUUGAUCGAACGGUCUGUCUGGGAACCCGUGGGCGGAGCCUGAUCGUAGGGAGAUAUACAUAAUAUCUGCACAUUAUAGUUACUCAGAGAGCUUGUAUUGCAAACAUGAGAUGGCCAUAUCUCCAAGGAAUGAUCAUUGAUCAUUGAUGGUUAAGUGAUAUGUGCCUAAGUAAUAGGGGUUUAGAAUAUCAUGGUUGUAUAAAAUGAAAAGUAGUAGGUAAUGGUAAAACUUCGGUGACAGCACAUAAUUAAAAUACUUAAUAUCGGAGACCGAUGAGCACUUGAAAUUUGUUGACGACGGAAAGAACAACGGAAGAACCGGAACUCGCCGACCGGUCCCGGGUCUCGGAGGCGACGUCGAGGUCGAAG